CCAGCGAGCCCUCCCCGCCCGUUGCCAGCUCCGCUCCCUUUCUGAACUCCCUGAGGCCGGCGGGGAGGGAAGCCCAAGUCGGGAAGGGGCCAUGACUGUGGAGCAGAAUGUGUUGCAGCAGACCAACUCGCAGAAGCACCAACAGACGUUUCUGAAUCAGCUGAGAGAGAUCACUGGUAUCAAUGACACCCAAGUACUGCAGCAAGCCUUGAAGGACAGCAAUGGAAACUUGGAGUUAGCAGUAGCUUUCCUUACUGCAAAGAAUGCUAAGAUUCCUCAGCAAGAAGAGACAACCUACUAUCAAACAUCACUUCCUGGCAAUGACAGAUACAUCAGUGUAGGCAGCCAAGCAGAUACAAAUGUGAUUGAUCUCACAGGGGAUGAUAAAGAUGAUCUUCAGAGAGCAAUUGCCCUCAGUUUGGAGGAAUCAAACAGAGCAUUCAGGGAGACUGGAAUAACAGAUGAGGAACAAGCCAUUAGCAGAGUUUUAGAAGCCAGCAUAGCAGAAAACAAAGCAAGUCUGAAAAGGACACAUCCAGAAGUGUGGAGUGACUCUCCAAAUCCAUAUGAUAGAAAACGUCAAGAUAAUUGCCCUGUGGGAUUGAAAAAUGUUGGCAACACAUGCUGGUUCAGUGCAGUUAUACAGUCAUUAUUUAAUCUGCUGGAAUUCCGAAGGCUCGUCUUGAAUUAUAGUCCUCCUGCAAGUGCCCAAGAUUUGCCCCGAAACCAAAAGGAAAAUAGAAAUUUGCCUUUUAUGCGUGAGCUAAGAUACCUAUUUGCACUUCUUGCUGGCUCAAAAAGAAAAUAUGUUGAUCCUUCAAGAGCUGUUGAAAUCCUUAAAGAUGCAUUCAAAUCUACUGACUCCCAGCAGCAAGAUGUCAGUGAAUUCACACAUAAGUUAUUAGACUGGUUAGAAGAUGCCUUCCAAAUAAAAGCUGAAGAGGAACAGGAUGGAGAGAAGCCAAAGAACCCGAUGGUAGAGCUGUUUUAUGGGCGAUUUCUAGCAGUUGGAGUUCUUGAAGGGAAGAAAUUUGAAAAUACAGAGAUGUUUGGCCAGUACCCUCUUCAGGUUAAUGGCUUCAAAGAUCUGCAUGAGUGCCUAGAAGCUGCCAUGAUUGAAGGGGAAAUUGAAUCCUUACACUCAGAAAAUUCUGGGAAGUCCGGCCAGGAGCACUGGUUUACUGAGCUUCCUCCUGUCUUAACAUUUGAGCUUUCAAGAUUCGAAUUCAACCAGGCUUUGGGAAGGCCAGAGAAGAUACACAACAAGUUGGAAUUCCCUCCAGUUUUAUACCUGGACAGAUAUAUGCACAAAAACAGAGAAAUCACACGAAUAAAACGGGAUGAAAUCAAGAGACUUAAAGAAUACCUCACAGUAUUGCAGCAGAGGCUAGAACGGUAUUUAAGCUAUGGUUCCGGUCCUAAACGAUUCCCCUUGGUAGAUGUCCUACAGUAUGCACUGGAGUUUGCAUCAAGUAAGCCGGUAUGCACGUCUCCUAUUGAGGAUCUUAAUACUAGUGCUCUCCCUAGUGGUACUUUGUCAACACAGGCAAUACCAAGCACAACAGAGCAACAGGGGCCUUCGACAGAAACACAAAGCACAUCACCUGCACAACGGUCGGUAAUCCAUAAGCCAUUCACACAAUCUCGGAUCCCUCCAGAUCUGCCAAUGCAUCCAGCACCAAGACACAUAACGGAAGAGGAGCUUUCAGUGCUAGAGGGCUGUUUACAUCGUUGGAGGACGGAAGUAGAAAAUGACACUAGAGACUUGCAAGAAAGCAUAUCUAGAAUACAGCGGACAAUUGAACUAAUGUACUCUGACAAAUCAAUGGUGCAGGUUCCUUAUCGGUUACAUGCUGUAUUAGUUCACGAAGGCCAGGCUAAUGCAGGACACUACUGGGCAUAUAUUUAUGACAGUUACCAAAGGAGGUGGAUGAAGUACAACGAUAUUUCUGUGACGAAAUCUACCUGGGAAGAGCUUGAGCGUGACUCGUUUGGUGGUUAUAGAAAUGCGAGCGCUUACUGUUUAAUGUAUAUCAAUGAUAAAGAACCAUUUUUGAUACAAGAGGAAUUCAACAAGGAAACGGGUCAUAUGGUUGUUGGAAUGGAUACAUUACCUCCUGAUUUAAAAGAUUACGUCAAGGAAGACAAUAAGCGCUUCGGAAAAGAGUUAGAAGAAUGGGAUGCACAGAUAGCUCUGAAAGCACAACAGGAAAAGGCAUUACCAUCCCAGGCACCCAGGCUGCCUGUGCCUUCAGCUGCCCAAGGAGAAGAACCAGAAUAUUUGGAACAACCAUCAAGGACUGAUAUCUCAAAGCAAUUGAAAGAAGAUUCCAUACGUGCAAUCACAAAAGCGUUCACUGAACAAGAAGAUAAGAGUCCUGAUGCCAUUAUGAACUUGAAUUCUGAUAGUGCCCCAGUUUCAACAGCUCCUAACCAGAAAGUUGUAGAGGUGGCAAUUCCUCAAGUAGGGACUUACGUGAUUGAGUCAGAGGAGGGGGGUUAUGAUGAUGAGGUCAUGCUGACCCCGAACAUGCAAGGUAUUAUCAUGGCAAUAGGUAAAGCCACGAAUGUGUAUGACAGGUGUGGCCCAGAAGCAGGGUUCUUUCAGGCAAUAAAAUCAGAAUAUGCACGGUUGCUCAAACUGGCCCAAGAAGACACGCCACCCGAGUGUGAUUACCGUUUGCAUCAUGCAAUUGUCUACUUCAUCCAAAAUCAGGCCCCUAAGAAAAUAAUUGAGAGAACAUUGCUGGAGCAGUUUGCAGAUCACAAUUUGAGUUUUGACGAAAGGUGUCGCAACAUUAUGAAAGUGGCCCAAGCCAAAAUUGAAAUGAUAAAGCCAGAUGAAGUCAGCAUGGAAGAUUAUGAGUGGUGGCAUCAAGAGUACAGAAACUUCAGAGAGACAACUGCGUAUCUCAUGGUGGGAUUGGAGCUCUUUCAAAAGAAGAAUUUAAAGGAAGCCUUGCUGUACCUUAUUUCUGCUUAUCAUAAGAACAAGGAGCUCUCUUCAAAAGGCUUGUAUAGAGGGCAUGAUGAAGAAUUGAUGUCCCAUUAUAGAAGAGAAUGUUUGCUAAAGUUAAAUGAGUGUGCUGCUGCACAGUUUGAGUCUGGAAAUGAUCAAGAAGUAAAUAAAGGGCUCGAAAUUAUGAAUGAGCUUAUUGUCCCAUGUCUACCAUUGUUGUUGGUGGAUGAAACAGAGGAAAAGGAUAUUGUUGCUGUAGAAGAUAUGAGAAACCGAUGGUGUUCAUAUCUUGGACAAGAAAUGGAGCCUAACUUGCAAGAAAAGCUGACGGACUUCCUGCCAAAAUUGCUAGAUUGCUCUACAGAAAUUAAAGGUUUCAAUGACCCACCAAAGUUACCUUCUUAUUCCACCCAUGAACUGUGUGAACGAUUUGUCCGAAUCAUGUCGUCACUCAGUCGAACUCCAGCUGAUGGAAGAUAAACUCUGAAGACCUUCCUUAAGCACACUGUAUAAACAUUUUUUUAGUUCUUAACCCUUGCCUUCCUGUCACAGGGUUUGCUUGUUGCUGCUAUAGUUUUUAACUCUUUCAUUUUAAUAACUGCAAGAUAAGAAAGAGGACUGUACAGACAUUAACCAGACUGCAGGCAAUAAUGCUGAGAAUCGCAUGGCACUCAGUUUUGUUAUCAGCCAGAACUCAUGCAUCAUUACAAAUCUGAUUUAUUAUGGCAAACCUACUUUUUUGCCACUUACCUGUUACAGUAUUACUUUGCUUUUAAGAUCACUUCAUCAUCAACAGCUUUCUGUUCAAUCUAGGCCAUUCUGUCACUGCAGCAAUUUUAACGUGACCAGUGUAAAAUACAUGGUACCUGGUAGCUUGUAAAUUACAUCAAAGAAUAAAAAAGGUUUUAUUUAUGGCUA